AUGUCUGAGAAUGCCGUGGAUUCACAAGAAUACGGCCGCCUCGUUCGGCGGAUCAAGACGCUCACGACAGUACUCUACACACUCCAGCUUUCUCUCAAGGCGCCACGGAACAUUGCAGGCCCGCAGUCGGGACACACAAAAACAUAUUACCACAUUGCCACUCUACUUGGCGGUGGAAUUCAGGCUACUGACGAUGCCCACGGUUCGAAGGUUAUUGCCGUGACGGGAAAAUCUACUUCUGAAGGCACAUUGGUGGUGAUCAGCGAACAGGACAGUAACUGGGAUACUCCUGUGAAUAUGCUCGCAGCAUCGCAAGACUCUCAACCGCUACAGGAGUUGGCGGGAGCGUUGGAUAUAGAUUGGGUCCAUCCCAGCAAGAAGACUUUGCACAGUCUUGGAAGCUCCAAGUAA